AUGGAUAUUAAAACUUCAGCGAUAAGAGAAGAAUUUAAUUUCUCAAUGUUUGGCAAAUUCAACGAUAUUAUUUUUUAUGAAAAUAAAUUAUUUAUCUUUAGCGGUGAUGGAUCUAAAAGCAUAUAUUUUAACAUAAAUACCAAGAUAUGCCAUAAUUUUUCUUUCUUAGUGCUAUUUGGCAAGAUUUCUGCAGUUCUUUUUAAAAAUUUUAUUUUAGUAAGCCGUGAAAGUCAAUCAAUAUUUUAUUUAUAUGACCUUAUGAUUGACAAUUAUUCAAAAAUUGAUUAUGUUUCAGCACAUGGACUUCAAAAAUUCUUUUUUGCUGAUAAUAAAAGAGCUUAUUUGUGAAUUAAAAAUGGGUUAAUAUAUGAAAGUGAAGAAAACAACCCAUUCCAAUGAAAUGUAAUAGGAAAUAAUGAUUUUGGGAUUCAAGUGAAGAUUAAUGAAAUUACUUAUAGUUACUAUAUGGGAAAUCUUUAUAUUAGUUUUAUCAGUAGGCCAAAAAUGUAUUGCUAUAGGUUUAAUAAAGAAGAAAAAGGAAUGGAGCUUAUUUAUGAAGACAAAGUAAGUCUGUAA